GGCACAUGAGCCUUUUUUCUCUCUCUCCUCCUCCCCCCUCUCCCUCCACGACUCGCUCUUUUUUUUUUUUACUUUUAGUCACAUUUUCAAAGUGAAACAUUGCAUUCAACGCACGCGUCCGCCGCGUCUUGGCUUCUGGUAUUAAUAAUAGCAACACUGAAUAAUAACAACAGCGACCCAUCCCGAGGAGCGCCAGACUCGUCCUGACAUCUUGAACUUCUGAAGGGGGAGUCGAAGUUCGCCUCGCAGCCUCACAUCGACCCGGUCUUUGGGGCAACAGCGCUUGGAUUUAAGAGGAGCGGCUACCUUCUUCUUCUUCUUCUUCAUCUUCUUCAGCACACGUUUUCCUUCCGAAGAACCUGUCCCUCAUUUUUCGUUUCGCAUGAAUCUACUCGACCCUUACCUGAAGAUGACAGAAGAACAGGAGAAGUGUCACUCCGACGCGCCGAGCCCCAGCAUGUCCGACGACUCGGCGGGCUCGCCGUGCCCGUCCGGCUCCGGCUCGGACACGGAGAACACGCGUCCGUCCGACAACCACCUCCUCCUGGGGCCGGACCACCGGCUGGGCGAGUACAAGAAGGAGAGCGAGGAGGACAAGUUCCCGGUGUGCAUCAGGGACGCGGUGUCGCAGGUGCUGAAGGGCUACGACUGGACCCUGGUGCCCAUGCCGGUGCGCGUUAACGGCUCCAGCAAGAGCAAGCCGCACGUCAAGAGGCCCAUGAACGCCUUCAUGGUGUGGGCGCAGGCCGCACGGAGGAAGCUGGCCGACCAGUACCCGCACCUCCACAACGCGGAGCUCAGCAAAACUUUGGGCAAACUCUGGAGACUGCUCAACGAAGGGGAGAAGCGCCCGUUUGUGGAGGAGGCCGAGCGCUUGCGUGUGCAGCACAAGAAAGACCACCCCGACUACAAGUACCAGCCGAGGCGGAGGAAGUCCGCCAAGAACGGGCAGAGCGAGUCGGAGGACGGCGAGCAAACCCACAUCUCGCCCAACGCCAUCUUCAAGGCCUUGCAGCAGGCCGACUCUCCGGCCUCCAGCAUGGGCGAAGUGCACUCCCCCGGCGAGCAUUCGGGCCAGUCCCAAGGCCCACCGACACCUCCCACCACCCCAAAGACAGACCUACCCACCGGGAAAGCCGACCUGAAGCGCGAGGGGCGCCCCGUCCAGGAGGGCACCGGCCGCCAGCUCAACAUCGACUUCGGGGCUGUGGAUAUUGGCGAGCUAAGCAGCGACGUCAUCUCCAACAUGGGGAGCUUCGACGUCGACGAGUUCGAUCAGUACCUGCCGCCCCACAGCCACGCCGGGCUGACUGGCGCAGCCCAGGCUGGCUACACAGGCAGCUACGGCAUCACCGGCUCCUCGGUCAACCAGGCGGCCAACUCCGGACACGGCUGGAUGUCCAAGCAGCAGCAGCAGCAGCAGCAGCAGCACUCGCUUACCACCCUAGGCGGAGGAGGAGGAGGAGGAGGAGGAGAGCAGGGCCAGGGUCAGCAGAGGACCACCCAAAUCAAGACGGAGCAGCUUAGCCCCAGUCACUACAGCGAGCAGCAGAGCUCCCCCCAGCACAUCACCUACGGCUCCUUCAACCUGCAGCACUACAGCACCUCCUCCUACCCCUCCAUCACGAGGGCACAGUAUGACUAUUCAGACCACCAGGGCGGUGCCAACUCCUACUACAGCCACGCAGCCGGCCAGGGCUCCGGCCUGUACUCUACCUUCAGCUACAUGAGCCCGAACCAGAGGCCUAUGUACACCCCCAUCGCCGACACAGCCGGGGUGCCCUCCGUACCCCAGACCCACAGUCCGCAGCACUGGGAGCAGCAGCCCGUCUACACGCAGCUCUCCAGGCCCUGAAAAGGCAAGCGUCAGCAUAGACUGUAUACUGUAACAUUCACCCCCCCUCCCUCCCUCCCCCCCCUGCACAGACUCCCCUCCACAUUGGCGGCCUUUGUGCUGCCGUGCCAGACGCCCUUCAUUGCCAACAGAAAAACAUAACAAGAACUUUUUUUUUUUAUAGUACUGAGAAAAGUAUAUCUUUGGAAUGGCUCACGACAGUGCCUUUUUGUAUUUGCUUGGAGUUGUGAUUAUAUUUUUUUAGAUAUAAUGUAAGAAAAAGAAGAGAGAAAAAAAAAAAAAGAAAAAAAAAGUUAUUGAAAUCCUCUGUGAGGACGUAUCGGUUAUAAAUAUUUUUAGUAUGUACUGUGUAUGUGUUCCGCUCUCGCCAUCCAACAUCGGCGCCGUUCUCAACAUCGCCAAUGUCACCCGUCGUCUCCGAGGGUUUAACACGUUGCCGAAGGAGAGGCGAGGGAGGCCGGGCGGAAACCCCCGUCGGUGGCCUUUACUUCGCUCACUAAUGUUAUAUUUUUAUUGUGUACAGGAAGUAAGAAAUGUAGCUUUUUCUUACACCGCCGUUUGCGAACGGCGCACAUUCUGCUUCGAAUCUCUGUACUGUACAUAUUUUACUCCGAGAUGCAAGAGUUGAGCGAGACCGGUGCGAGAUAGUUUUUGAAUUUUCAGCCAUGAGAUAUAAAUAUAUAUAUAUAUAUAAAUUUAUAUAUAUAUAUAUAUAUAUAUAUGACAGUGUCAUCAGUAUCAGUGUGUUAGAGAAAAAUUACACUUCUUUGUCUUCUUUUGUAGCUCAACUGAUUGCGUUGGAAAUGUUAUAGCAGGUGCCAUGUGAUGUGUAAUUGUACCAGGGGGGCCUUAGCGUGUUGCUAGAUGCGACUUAGCCGUGCUUAUUUUUCAUCCGGGUACUGCCUUGACACCAUUGUUGCCUCUGGAGCCGCAGCAGAAAGGUUCCCAUCCACUAUCAUUGUUGUGUUGAAAUCACAGCGAGAGUCCCGACUUCCUGCUUAAGGAGCUACAGGAAGUGACCUUUAACCUGAGUCUCUCCACCCCACCACCCCCCCGCCCCGCAGCAGUCCUUGGGGUCUCAGCUGAGUAUGGCAAUGCUCUACCAUUCCUACAGCCCCUCCCAUCUCCUAAACUUUUUUUGUUGUUUUUGUUUUGUUUUUAUUUAUUCAUUAGCAUUAAUUUUAUUUGAAAGUUAACUAUUCGCAAUUAUCUUCUUUUUUCUUUUUUUUUUAAUUCAGCAGCAACUAACUGAGAUGAGAAAGACGUUUUCCACGGAAUAGUUUGCUGGUAUAUGUGGUACAAAAUUUAUUUAUCAUUGUUUAAAGUUUCCAUUUAAAUGUUUUCUCGUUUUAUUUUCCAUGAUCUAGUUAUGUACAGAUUGCUUAUAAUUACGAUAAACACGAUCUUUAAAAUUCUUUCUUUAAAAAAAAAAAAAACAAAAAAAGGAAAAAAAACUGGAAGUCGUCUCUUCUUUUUUUUUUUUCUUCAUUCUAACAAAUGGAUUAAUGACUAUGGACGUUAUGGCUGCGUUGUUGAUAAGAAUUUUAUAGAAUCACAAGGAUACUUUUUUUUUUUUUUUUGGAAAAAAAAGUUGCGUUCCUCGUUUUAUAUUCCGUAUAAUUUGUUCUCAUGGUGUCACCGUCUUAAUGCAGUUUCCGUAGGUAAACGUGCCGUUGUCUUUAAAGCUUAUCUUUUGUAUUAUAUUGUUUGCAAUAAAAAGAAAACAAUGA